AUGGAGUCUACUUUAAAUUCUUUAUUAAAUGCAAAUUCUUCAGUUUUACCUGCUUAUGUUGAGUUGGCCAAAGCAUCAGCAAUGAAUAGACAUUGGGAAACAAUGGCUGAAAUUUGUCAAAAGGCAGCUCUUAUUCAGAGUGAUUGUUUGCCAAUACUUCUUCUAGAUUUUGUUUAUUCCUAUCUAAUACUUGGCGAUAUCCAAGGAGAACAAAUACUUGCUGAAUUUGUUGAUGCAAUGCUUUUAACUGAAGCAAACAACCAAAGUCUAUUUCUUCGAAUUGGAAGUCUUUUAGCUUCUAUUGCUUUGGAUAGGAAAAAUAUUACUACUCAGGCGAAGAGAUUGGUUGAUGCUGCACUCGGAAUCCGUCAGAACAGUCAAGCUCUUCUCCUUAAAAGCAGUCUUUCAUUAGCAGAAGGGGAUAUAAGACAAGCUUUUCAAUUAGCUUUACGUGCAGUCGAAUCAGGCAGUAAUAUUGAAAAUGAGAAAGGAUUAAACAAUGAGGAUAACCAAAAUGGGGAAAGGGCCGUUCUAACAAUGAUACGUUGCCAAUUAGCUGAACAACAAAAUGAUAAACAAUUAAAAGAAAUAAAUCAACAAUUGGAAUUUUUACAACAAACACAUUCUGAUGUUAAAGAACAAUCACUAUUCCACUUCCUUCUAGCAUUAUUAGCCAAACGUGAAAAUAAGCCGGAUGAACAAGUCUUUUCACAUUUAAAUAUAGCUGUAGAUGUUCACUUUGCUUAUAAUCAAUAUACAAUCUUCUCAGAAGAGAAUUUGAUCUCUUUGAAUCCAUCCAUUUUAGUGGAAAUAGCCGAAUUAAUAUUAAAAUCCGCAGAUUCUGUAGGGAUUCCAGCUAUUAGAGUAGCUGAUCGUAUUUUAAGUAUUGUUCAUCAAAACUGCUUAAUUAAGCCAACUUUUUUAUUGGCAAAGACAAAGUUAGGAGCUAAUGAAAUGUCUGUAGCCGAACAAUUACUGCGUGGAUGUGUAAAUAAAAGUAGUGAUAAUGCUGAGGCUUAUUUGCUUUUGGCACAGAUUCUUGUGCAGAAAAAUGAAUUGGAUGAGGCUGACAAAUUAUUAGAUAUAGGACUAGGAUUUAACUUUCGUGUGCGUGAACAUCCUCUUUAUUUUUUAACUAAAGCUCGAUUAGAAAAACGUGCAAAUCGUGUAGACCAGUCGAUAGAACAAUUACGAAAUGCUUUGGAUUUAUUUGCUAAAAGUUUGUAA